GGGAGGGAGUGCAGGGGAAUGUGCAGGGCAGUAAUGUGAUUGGAUGGCUCCCUCCUCACGGCUACACUGGUAUGUGAAACCGAAUCACUAGCAAGAUAAAGAUAGAGUACACCAGAAUAUGUGAUCAUCCCAUACAGAAUCUCAGUCCAAACCCAGUGUACAGUACCGCUGUCUCUGUGUCACCAACCAGUUGUUUUUUGGGGUUUUUCCUUGUGUUUUUUUGGGGGGGGGUUUGCCUGGAGACGUUUAAGAUUGAGGCUGUAUUUAUCUGUAUGUGAACUAGACAGAUUGCUUCGCUGUAAAUCAUGGUUCAAACUAUAGGAAUGAUUGAAGACUGUGUAAAAAGGGGGGAUACCAUGGCCGACAGAAGGCAGUUGUUUGCAGAAAUGCGUGCUCAAGAUUUGGAUCGUAUACGUUUGUCCACAUACCGAACGGCAUGCAAGAUUCGAUUUGUACAGAAGAAAUGCAACUUGCAUCUGGUAGAUAUAUGGAACAUCAUAGAAGCACUUCGGGAAAAUUCAUUAAACAACCUGGACCCCAGUGUAGAACUGAAUGUGGCGCGCCUGGAAGCUGUAUUAUCAACAAUAUUUUACCAGCUUAAUAAGCGGAUGCCAUCUACUCACCAAAUCAAUGUGGAACAGUCCAUCAGCUUGAUGUUAAAUUUCCUAUUGGCUGCUUAUGACCCGGAAGGACACGGUAAAAUCACAGUCUUCGCAGUCAAAAUGGCAUUGGCCACACUAUGUGGAGGAAAAAUCAUGGACAAAUUGAGAUACAUUUUCUCCAUGAUCUCUGACUCCAGUGGUAUAAUGGUUUAUGGGAAGUAUGACCUGUUCCUGAGAGAGGUGCUAAAACUGCCAACUGCCGUGUUUGAAGGGCCUUCGUUUGGCUACACAGAGCAAUCUGCCAGGUCUUGCUUUUCACAGCAGAAAAAUGUUACCUUAAAUUCUUUCUUGGACACACUUAUGUCUGACCCACCACCUCAGUGUCUUGUAUGGUUACCUCUUCUGCAUCGACUGGCGAAUGUAGAGAAUGUCUUCCACCCUGUUGAGUGUUCCUAUUGCCACAGUGAGAGCAUGAUGGGUUUCCGCUAUCGCUGCCAGCAGUGUCACAAUUACCAGCUCUGUCAGGACUGCUUCUGGAGGGGACAUGCCAGCGGUUCCCAUAGCAACCAGCACCAAAUGAAAGAGUACACGUCAUGGAAAUCCCCUGCAAAGAAGCUUACCAAUGCACUAAGCAAGUCUUUGAGCUGUGCUUCCAGCCGUGAGCCUCUGCACCCAAUGUUUCCUGAUCAGCCAGAAAAACCUUUAAACCUGGCUCACAUUGUGCCUCCCAGACCAGUUACCAGCAUGAACGACACAGUAUUCUCUCACUCUGUUCCCUCAGGAAGUCCUUUCACAAACAAAAUCUCUUCCCAAAAGACCUCAGAGGUAGAACAGAGCAGACAGCUAGCUAGAGCCGCUCCAACCUUACUGAAAGGCAAAGGGUUACAGUACAGCCUGGAUGUGGCAGACAGGCUGGCUGAUGAACAUGUUCUCAUCGGGGUAUAUGCCAGCAUGCUUCAGAACAACCUUUCACGAAUGCUGGACAGCCCUAGCCGCCUAGAUGAAGAACAUCGAUUGAUUGCCAGAUAUGCUGCAAGGCUGGCAGCCGAGACCACUUCAUCACACAGAGGUCCAGACAUCUCAUUUACUAUCGAUGCAAAUAAGCAGCAGAGACAACUUAUUGCAGAGCUAGAAAAUAAAAACAGAGAAAUAUUGCAGGAAAUCCAGAGGUUGCGAAUUGAGCAUGAACAGGCCUCUCAGCCCACACCAGAAAAAGCUCAACAGAAUCCAACUCUGCUGGCUGAGCUCCGGCUACUCAGACAGCGCAAAGAUGAGCUUGAGCAGCGGAUGUCUGCCUUGCAGGAGAGCAGGAGAGAGCUGAUGGUACAGCUUGAAGGGCUAAUGAAACUUUUGAAGGAACAAGAGAUGAGACAGGCAUCUCAGGGGGCGGGCUCCCCUCGCUCUUCUCCCAGUCACACCAUCAGCCGUCCUAUCCCAAUGCCUAUAAGAUCUGCAUCUGCGUGCUCCACCCCAACACACACUCCUCAGGACUCUCUGACUGGGGUUGGCGGAGACGUGCAGGAAGCAUUUGCACAGAGUGCGAGAAGAAAUCUGCGGAAUGAUUUGCUGGUAGCAGCUGAUUCCAUCACUAACACCAUGUCAUCUCUGGUGAAGGAGCUGAAGUCAGAUGUGGGAAACGAAGCGGAGGGCAGCGUGGACACAGAGUACGGAAGGGUUCACUUUGAUGAUUUGGUUCCAUCUCCAACCUCAGAGAAAGCAUUCCUUGCCCAGAUCCAUGCCCGAAAACCAACGUACAAUCAUAAUUCUUCAGAUCCCGGCAACAUUCGCACAGAUAUGGGCCGAGAAGGGCCUUAUAGCAGACGUGAGGAGGAAGCCUAUGAGAACGACUCUGUACGUCAGCUAGAAAAUGAGCUCAAGAUGGAAGAGUAUUUGAAACAAAAGUUGCAGGAUGAAGCUUACCAGGUCAGUUUGCAGGGCUGAAUGUGCUCUUCCCUUCCCCUCUCAAGCAAGCAGCAGUACGGAGAAGAUGCAUGUAGCAUGAGAAGCAUUGGUCCAGGCCAUCGCUGUGUUGUGAAUAACGCAUCUUCUGGUACAAAGAACCACAUCAGAGUCCCACAGAAUGUAGCACAGGACAUUUGUUCUAAAACAUGUAGUUUGUAGUUUGUGUUUAAUACUUAUAAAUGAAAGCUUUUAUUUGAAACUAAAGCAUAAUUAGUAUCACUGGUAGAAAAACAAAAAGACCUAGACACUUGCACAUACUGUUUGACAUAAGUUUACAGCACUCAUUGUUAUACCUAUGUUUAUAGUCUGAGCUGCCAGGGAAGAUUGCUAUGCAAUCUGGUAGAAGGGAAAAUGAUAUAUCCCUCACUGCCCAGGGGAAGGGGCAAGUAAGUAUUCAGAGGAGUAGGUGCAGGACAGCUUGGUGUGGGACUGUAUGCACACAUCUGAAUUUAUCAGCCAGAUGUAUGCAAUAAUCUUCUCUGUCACUGGCCAAAAUAUCAGAGGAGAGCCUCUCUACCGCCACAUAGUGGUGAACUAUAAGAAGCCAAUGAUUUGUAGAAUAGCUGUUCUCGGACAGAUGUUACUAAUAGAUGUCUGAGUGCCUUAGUUCCACAUGAACCUACUCAGCCACUUAUCUAGUAGCAGUAUCUAGACAAGCAGCACUGGAACCCAAUGUGUACCACAUCUUCUUGCUGCAAAAUGGCACUGUGUCUAGCUAGGAACCCUUAUGUACAAUUGGAAGCUUCCUAAAGUAACUUGCAUUGCAUUAAGGAGACCCAGGUGUGACAGAAACCAAUGCAAGUAGAAUACUGAAGUCUGCAAUGCACACGGAUAGCCAUCAGCUUCAGCUCCACCCUCUCAAGAGCAGCACUUUUUAUUUAAAUAUUCUUUGGCCAGAUUUGCACGUAAAUUGGGACUGCAGUCCUGGGUAUAAUCUUGCUGUAUCCUGUAAUGGCAAUAAGGUACUACAAGUACGCAGGAAGCCGUUCCAUAAAGUGCUUUAUGGCUAUUUCAGUCACUGGAUAUAAUUAGAUUGAUUUAAAUAUAAUUUUUAUUAGUUAUGAAAAGCUAUAGAGAUUUACUUGUGCAAAGCCCAUUAAAAUAAGAUUACGUUAGGGCUAAUUGUAUACUUUUGUAUUUCUUUUAAGAUCUCACAAAUCAGCCAUACAACUUUUUAGUGUAAAUAGCUAUACAAAUAUAUAUAUUUUUCAUUUUCAAUAAGACGCUCAUAUAUGAAAAAUAUACAACUUAUACAAUGUUCAGACUACUUAGAAUCUAGUUUUUGCAAUCCACACAGAUGCUAUUAAAACUGUGAAAUUUGUUUUGAGCUACUCAUUAGCGACUUGCUUGAUGCCACAGGGUUCUGCAGUGAGCUGCAAGUUACUCCUUGGCAGCUGAAAAAUAUGAAGAUGUUUAUAAACCACAGGUGCCAUAAAAUCCAGAACCAACCCGAAACUCAUUCUCAUUUAUAACGCUGUUGCCUCUCAGUCUUUUGCUGUUUGUUGCACAUAUAAAAUAUGAGUUGUAUAGUUUUAUUUUGCUUUUGUUUUUGAGGCCUUUUAGUUCACUAUUGCUACGUGCCAGCAAACUUAAAAGUGGACCAGUCACCUGCACACCAUUUUGUGGGCUUAACAAAUUUUCAGCCUGUAAAGUUACUAGGGACAGGGACUAUAUGACAUCACAAAGCGAAGCAUGAGGUGAGGCACGUGACGUGCCUCAUACUGAUUGGUGUCACAAGUUCCUGGGGAAUAAAUAAUCUGCAUUCUCAUAAAUAUUAGUAUAGCCCACAAAGUGGCUGCCUACAGGGAGUGUUAGCAACGGGUGUGGAUCGUUGGGUCGAUAGUAACUAGGUUGACAGUCAUUAGGUCGACCACUAUUGGUUAACAGUGACUAGGUCGACACAUGGAAAAAGGUCGACGUGAGUUUUGUUUUUGUUUUUUAAAUGGUGUGGUUUUCUUCGUAAAGUGACCGGGAACCCCAAUUAGUGUACCGUGUCCCUUCGCAUGGCUCGCUUCGCUCAUCAUGCUCCGCUGACGCUGCGCUCAGCACAGGUUACUAUUCCCAAUCAUAGUCCACAAGGAUCAUAAAGUAAGAAAAAGUUUUUUUUUAAAAAUGAAGAAAAAAAAAUGAAGAAAAACUUAUGUCGACCUUUUCAUUUGUUGACCUUUGCCAUGUCAACCUAAUGACCAUGUCAACCUAAUGCAUGUUGACCAAUAGUGGUCGACCUAAAGACCAGAUACCGUUAGCGACUGGUCCAUGUUGUGUUGUGAUUUGUGAAUGCCUUAUGGCUAGCAGACAUUUUGCAAGCGUACUAGAGACAUAACAUGGUAGCAGUAACAAGCACAGGAGCUGGCAUGUUUGAGAAAACAUAGCAGAAAGCUCCCAAACUGCUAGUGGGAAUCACUGGAUAAUGGCUGAGAGACUUAUUUGUACAGUGGAAUACCCUUAUCAUGCAGGGUUUUUUUAAUCGUUUAGUUCAUGUUUAAACAAGUAAUUUUUUUUGUUUUUGGCCUCUUUGAAUUGACUACUGGACCUAAACGUCUCUUAAAAACUGAAUUCAGCUUCAAGAGACAAUAAACACACAAGGUACCAGCGCUGGCUGUAAAAAUUAUAAAAGACGGUUUUC